AUGCCCUACCCAUACCGAGCAAUCAUAGGAAGGGGGACAAUCAACAAGUUCGAAGCUAUCGUUCAUCAGCUGUACUUGUGCAUGAAGAUUCCAGCUCCCGUGGGGGUCAUCACCAUCCGCGGAGACCAGCAGCUUGCACGGGACAUAGAGCGGGGAUACACCUCAGGCCAGAAAAAUGUCCACAACCUUCGGACUGAAUCUAAGCCUGAUACCUUCAAAGAGCAGCAAAGAGACAGCGAGAAAGCAACCUUCGAGGAAGACUGCGAAGUAAAGAAGGUCCCCCUUGACGUACACCUACCCAACAAGAUGGUAACCAUCAAUGCAACCCUUGAGUCCGAGGAGGAAAAAGAGCUUCUUGAGUUCUUCCGCAAGAACCAAGAUGUCUUUGCAUGGUCCGCUAGUGACCUACGGGGCGUCAGCAGAGAUAUCAUUGAGCACCGCUUGGAUAUCAACCCAAACAUCAAGCCAAAGAAGCAAAAGCUUCGCAAAAUGGCAGACGAAAAAGUCGCAGCGGUCAAGGCCGAAGUCCAAAGACUGCUAGAUGCAAAUGUUAUUCGAGAAGUCAAAUACCCAACAUGGCUGGCAAACACUGUGCCGAUCAAAAAGAAGAAUGGCAAAUGGCGCAUGUGCAUCGAUUUCACUGACCUCAAUAAAGCCUGCCCGAAGGAUGAUUUCCCACUGCCAAGAAUCGACAGAGUCGUCGAUGAUGCUGCAAAUAGUCAGCUAAUGUCUCUGCUGGAUUGUUUCUCCGGAUACCAUCAAAUUUGGAUGAGGAAAGAGGACGAAGAAAAAACAAGCUUCAUAACUCCCUUCGGCACCUACUGCUUCGUGAUGAUGCCCGAAGGAUUAAAGAAUGCAGGACAAUCCUUUUCUAGAAUGUCUUCUGUGGUCUUAGAGCAGCAACUUAGAAGGAAUGUCCUGGCUUAUGUUGAUGACAUUGUUGUAACCAGUUCAAUAAGAAGCAACCAUAUGGCAGACCUGGCCGAAACCUUCGCAAGCUUAAGAAAAGCAGGACUGUCCUUGAACCCCAAUAAAUGCAUCUUCGGAAUUCACAAAGGAAAGGUGUUAGGAUGCCUAGUGUCCACCAAAGGCAUCGAAGCAAACCCCGACAAAGUAAAAUCUCUUUGGAACAUGGAGGAUCCAAAGUCCAUCAGGGACGUACAGAAACUCACAGGGCGGAUAGCAGCCCUAAACAGAUUCAUCCCCCGCUCUGCAGACCGAAGCUUACCAUUCUUCAAGGUCCUUCGCAACGCAAACAAAUUUGAGUGGGGCCACGAACAAAGCAAAGCCCUUCAGGAACUCAAAAAGCAUCUCCAGAACAUGGUCAAAAUGACCCCACCUGACCCGAAGAACGUGUUGCUCCUGUACAUCGCAGCAUCUUACUCUGCUGUCAGUGCAGCGCUCAUCCUCGAGAGAGAAGUUGGAGGAAAGAAGCAGCAGCUACCUGUCUACUUUGUAUCCAAAGCUCUUGCAGGCUCGAAGCUCCUAUACUCAGAGCUAGAGAAAAUUGCAUACACAGUAGUCAUGUCUGUUCGGAAGCUACAACACUAUUUCGAAGCUCACAAGAUAAUCGUGGUCACAGAUCAACCUUUGCAUGACUUGUUCAGCAACAGGGAGGCCUCAGUCAGAAUUGCCAAAUGGGCUUUGGAACUCUCGGAGUUCUACAUUGACUUCGAAAGAAGAACAGCCAUCAAAUCACAAGUACUGGCAGAUUUCAUUGCCGAUUGGACAUCCCCAACCUUCAAGGAGGAACCUUCGACUGAAACCUGGAUCGUGCACUGCGAUGGGGCCUGGUGCAACGACGGAGCGGUCAGAAUAGAUUCGAAGGUUGUCAGAGACCACAUAAAAAAGGACUCGGAGGCCAGAAAACCAGAGCUCAUCGAGUACCUCGAUGCCGUCAGAUCCAUGGAAAAGUACUUCAAGGGCUUCGACAUCGUUCACAUCCCGAGGCACAUGAAUGACGAAGCCGACAAGCUGGCAAAGGCAGCAUCAAGAAAAGAGCAGUUACCUUCGGAUGUAUUUUUCGAAAAAAUCACAGAACCCUCAGUCAAGCAGAAAAAAGAAAAACAAGUUUCAAACAUCUCAGCCGAAGAUUGGAGAGCACCUAUAAUGGAGUACAUUCGGGGAAACAUCGAGCUGCCAAAUGAGAAAGAGAAGAAAAUGUUCCAGAGAGCGAGAGGCUAUGUUAUCUCCGAGGGAGAGCUGUUCAAGUCGGGCGUAACCAGCCCAUGGUUAAAGCGCAUCUCCACAACCGAAGGAAUCGAACUCCUCAAGGAAAUUCACUCCGGGUUCUGCGGAUCCCACAUCGGCUUCAGACAACUUGUCUCCAAAGCCUUCAGGCAAGGAUUCUUCUGGCCAACGGCACUGAAGGAUGCUCAGCACAUAGUGAAAACAUGCCAAGCAAGUCAAAUGAUGGGUCCGAAGUCCUCAAAACCUUCGGAGCCAACUCAGCUGAUACCUCUGUCCUGGCCUCUUCAAAGAUGGGGAAUUGACCUAGUGGGACCUCUACCAACAGCUCAGGGCAACUACAAGUACGCAACAGUUGCCGUCGAGUACUUCACAAAGUGGAUCGAAGCCAAGCCACUAAUAAACAUCACUUCAGAAACAAUCAAAAAAUUCUUUAGGCAGAACAUCAUCUGCAGGUUCGGGGUCCCAAGGGAGAUCACUGUAGAUAACGGCAAACAGUUUGAUUCACAGCUUUUCAGGGAAUUCUGUUACAGUGUGGGCACGAAGGUAAUCUUUGCCUCAGUGUACCACCCGCAAUCCAACAGGGCCGUCGAAAGAGCCAAUGGCAUCAUCUUCGGCAGCAUCAAAAAGUUCCUAUUUGAUCAGAAAAAGGGCAAAUGGGCCGAUGAACUCCCGAAGGUCAGCUGGUCCCACAACACAUCAGAAUCAAGAACCACAAAGUUCACCCCAUUUAGGCUACUCUACGGUGCCGAAGCAAUGACAACCGAGGAGCUAAAAAACCGAAGCCUAAGGGUAACCCACCAAGUUGAGGCCAUCCCCUCGGAUGACAAAGACCUCAUGGAGCUAGACAUCCUACAAGCCUCGGAAAACAUAGAAAAGUAUCAGCAAGAAAUAACGAAGUGGAGGGACAAGAAGGUCGUAAAAAAGAGCAUCACAGUCGGAGACUGGGUCCUAAAAAGAAAGCCAAACGCAGAAAACUCCGGCAAACUUGAAUCCAAGUGGGAAGGGCCAUUCCUAGUAAUCAAGUGCAACAGGCCAGGGUCAUAUCACCUGUCUGACGCCGAAGGCAAUGAGCUGCAGCAUACUUGGAAUGCGGACAGCCUUAAAAAGUACUACAUUUAA